AUGGGCGCCUAUCUCUAUGGGCGCCUAUCUCUAUGGGCGCCUAUCUCUAUGGGCGCCUAUCUCUAUGGGCGCCUAUCUCUAGGGGCGCCUAUCUCUAGGGGCGCCUAUCUCUAUGGGCGCCUAUCUCUAUGGGCGCCUAUCUCUAUGGGCGCCUAUCUCUAUGGGCGCCUAUCUCUAUGGGCGCCUAUCUCCAUGGGCGCCUAUCUUUAUGGGCGCCUAUUGGGCGCCUAUCUCUAUGGGCGCCUAUCUCUAUGGGGCGCCUAUCCUCUAGGGGCGCCUAUCUCUAGGGCGCCUAUCUCUAGGGGCGCCUAUCUCUAUGGGCGUCUAUCUCUAUGGGCGCCUAUCUCUAUGGGCGCCUAUCUCUAUGGGCGCCUAUCUCUAUGGGCGCCUAUCUCUAUGGGCGCCUAUCUCUAUGGGCGCCUAUCUCUAUGGGCGCCUAUCUCUAUGGGCGCCUAUCUCUAUGGGCGCCUAUCUCUAGGGGCGCCUAUCUCUAGAGCGCCUAUCUCUAAGGGCGCAUAUCUCUAUGGGCGCCUAUCUCUAUGGGCGCCUAUCUCUAUGGGUGCCUAUCUCUAUGGGCGCCUAUCUCUAUGGGCGCCUAUCUCUAUGGGCGCCUAUCUCUAUGGGCGCCUAUCUCUAUGGGCCCCUAUCUCUAUGGGGGCCUAUCUCUAUGGGCGCCUAUCUCUAUGGGCGCCUAUCUCUAUGGGCGCCUAUCUCUAUGGGCGCCUAUCUCUAUGGGCGCCUAUCUCUAUGGGCGCCUAUCUCUAUGGGCGCCUAUAUGCGUGCGUGUCUAUUGGGCGCAUAUCUCUAUGGGCGCCUAUCUCUAUGGGCGCCUAUCUCUAUGGGCGCCUAUCUCUAUGGGCGCCUAUCUCUAUGGGCGCCCAUCUCUAUGGGCGCCUAUCUCUAGGGGUGCCAAUCUCCAUGGAACCUAUCUCUAUGGGCGCCUAUCUCUAUGGGCGCCUAUCUCUAGGGGCGGCUAUCUCUAUGGGCGUCUAUCUCAAGGGGCGCCUAUCUCUAGGGGUGCCUAUCUCUAUGGGCGCCUAUCUCUAUGGGCGCCUAUCUCUAUGGGCGCCUAUCUCUAUGGGCACCUCUCUUUAG